AUGGCAAGUUUUUUGAUUGUUCUUUGACUUGUUAGCCAGUGUUUUAGUGAUUUUCGUACUUCAAGAGGAUUCUGGAAGUGGAAAAGACACUAGUAAAGUUAUAAACACUCUGCGAGCUAAAAGGGAAGCAGAUGAAAAUGGUUGGUUUUUUUCUUCAAGCUUUUUCUUCUUUCGAAAAAUUAUAUUUUGAUGACCUUUCUUAUUUUGAAAUGCUUUUUCCAAUGAUAUUUUUUUCUUUAUCUCUACCACCAAUAAAGUGUAAAUUAUAUUUUAAAAAUGAGAAACGAGAAAAAAAAAUGAGAAAAAAUUACUCAAACUUUGCGCUCUCCGUACUAUCUAAACGGUUUUUAAUAUUUAAGACUCCAUCACAAGAUUUUGCGGUUUUUUCUGUUGAAUUUCAGGAAUUUUUUAGAAUUGCGCUAAAUAGACUUUUUUUUUGUAAAAAGAAGGUAGUUUUGAUGUCAAAAUCUAACCCUUAAAACUAUGAUAAAAUCGAAUCCGUUUUGACGUUAAAGAAUAUGGAAGUCACAAAAUAAAAAUGAUUUGAAAAAUGAAACAAGUUCCCGAAUAUUUAAGAAAAAAAGAAAGUUUAGAUCUGUCAGAAGUUGAUACACCAAAAACUUCGUUCCCUGGGAUAUACGUGAGAGACGUGUAUCGAGUUUCUGAUGAUUCUCUCCGGAUCAUUUAUUUGGAAGAAAAAGACAAUACGUGAGUCUACAAACAAGCAUGACAUACAUAAGAGCUCAAACGAUUAUGGAAAUUGUUUUUUGUGUUCGAGUUUUUGAACGCCAUUUGAAAUUAAAGUUUAGCAAGAUCAGCCUGAAGAAACUUUUGAGGAGAUUCUCGACAAAAUUCACAUUUUUUCCGAGUUAUAGAAAAAAUUCGAGACCUGGCCGUAUAUGAUUAUUCACUUUCAGGAAAAAUCUGAAGGUUAAAAUAGGAAGCGUCUGGCAAACGGUGGAUUCGUUCUGUUUCAACAGCACAUGCAUGGAUUACUUGUUUUGUUCAAUGGCGACUCGCAUAGGAACGGUACAUCUGCCCCCAGCGACCUCUCAGAUCAGUACUAUUCCCAUCACUUCUGAAGACUCUGAAGAGUUCGUUAUGGUACCCGUCAUGUGAGUUUGUUUUUGUACAGCCGGAAGAUUUGAGAACAUUUAUUCAUGUCGAAACUUCAGCAGAGGCGAUUGUAAACGGACUUUUUAUGAAAACAUUCAUUGAAGGUAGCGCGAAAAAUGAGAGGUUUUGCUUCAAAAAAUGCUGAAAAUCACUUCAAAGCUCCAGUUAUCAACCGAAAAAGUGGUUAAUUAUUCAUUAGAACAGUUGGAAAUAUUCCGUCUUUUCAUAUCAAUGAGAGCGUCAAUCCUUUAAGGACGGCCAAACUCAGACUUAUCUCUUUUUCUGAGCUAAAAAUGAAAUAGAAAUUCUCAUAAAUAUCAAAAAGAAAUAGAAAGUUUGUAAGCUUUUUGCAUGCAGGAAAAGGAGACCAGGCAUACUCCAAUAAGCUGGGAAGAAGAAUGUUCAUUUCAUAAUUUUUCCAUCAAAUAGAAGGAAUUUUUUCUUUUUUCAAAGUGAUUUCACGAAAUUUUAAGAGACGUCAGAACCACAAACAGCAAGGUCAAACAUAAACUGGGAGUUUGCCUUCAGCCGAUUUUCUUUUUCACCGAUUGGACUAUCGUCAUACAGGUUACUUGAACAUAUUUGUGAAGGAUUAUAUUUAUUUCAAGUUUUUCGAAUCAUGGAUAUCCCAAGGGGCAACAAAGUUUUACUUCUACCUUCACAGUUAUAGUACCCAGGUUCGGACUUUUCGGAUUUUUUAUAAUUUGAUUUUUCCUUUAGACGAAAAAAGUUCUGGAUUUUUACAAAGAAAAGUUAGGAGAUGACUUGGAGCUCGUUAAUUGGUCAGACCUUCCUGUUCAUGCUAGAGACAGGUUCUCUUAUUACCUUCAGGAUGCUUGAUGAACUUUUUAUUCAGGGGCAAUUACCAGAAAGACCCGAACUCCAGGGUGUUCCGCUACGCGGCGACAGCUUUCAUGCACGAUUGUCUGCUCCGUUCCAGGUUUUUUUUGUUGGAGCAAAUUUUUCAGAACAGUAUAAAACAGAAAAAAAAGGAUCAAUUCAGGUCUCAUGUCAAAUUUGUCGCGAACACGGAUCUCGACGAUUUACCUGUCGCUUCAAACUUUGACAUUGUUGAGCAGUUAGAGAAAAACGCCGCACAGUAUCCAAACGCCGCACAAUUUGUUACUGAUUGGAUUCUCAGCUCUCAAAAAGUAAGAUUAAACGCGGACAUGUUUUUGCGUCAAAUUUUUAAAUUCCACACUUUUUUUUUCAUUGAGGCAAGGUCUCAGUCAACUCCUGAAGGUUUCAGAAAAAAGCUAGAAGUCCUCAAUUCAAAAUAGUUUGUAUAACAUUCAUGAUCAUAAUCCUGUAAUGAGAUCAUGAGUAACACCUAAUCAUGAGAAACAGUUAAAUUUUUUUUUUCUUAUUUGCAAAUAUAAGAAGUUUUCUGAGAAGUGCGGUUGAAAAGCACAUCUUUUUAAAAUUCUUUUCGCCAUACAUGAAGAAAUUUUCAGCAAAAUUGGGAUGAUGUAAAACGACCUUCCGAUAUCAAAUUCAAUCUUCACGCAGUGCGAGUACUUCAGUUAGAAAGCAUUCGAUGGGACUAUCGAGUAUCCAGGAAAAUGUACCACCGACCGGAAAGAGUACUGUUUUUUUCCAAUGCAAAGGUCAUAGAUAUUCAAGGUCGUGCACUUUGACAUGCACAGUGUGUAUCGAAACGAAAUUUCUCCUAUCACAAAAACUCCUUUUACAACGAUCAACUUGGAGAAUGACGCCGAUUUGUUUUUUCUCCAUUUGAGGUUUUUUUUAGCUUCAUUUCAAAAGUUUUUUUCCGUUUCAGAAGAUUUGAGAGACAUUUGAUCAUUCCUACAAAGGCUCAAAACAAUGAAACUUUUCCAUAUCAAAUCCUUUCGAAGUUGAACCAAAUCAUGAGCGACCAAUACGCAAAAAGAGCCGCAGGAGACUCAUUCUCAGGUUUUUGAAUGUUUUUUUUUAAAUUUUUUAUCACAAGGAAGUCGAGCAGGAACCCAGCGGAGCAUGAAGCUCUAACAUUAGUUCGUAAUAAAACCACCGAAAAUCACACAGAAUAGUAAAUCAUAACGGUUGAAAAAAGUUUGUUCGAGCCAAAAGAAAUCAUCAAGAAAUUUAUCUGAAAGAAUCGAGUAUAGACCUGAUUCUUUUUUUCCAAAAGUUGCUAGAACAUAAAUAGUCAAACUCCACAUUUGGAAGAUUCCCAUGCACAAGGUACAGUCCAAUGUUUUUUGCUAGGGAGGUAAAUUUUCGAACAGAAUACUGAAAAAAAAAAACGAGUCACAGUUCGAAAAUAUUCUUAUCGAGAACGAAAAUUCCCUAAAUCAUCUUUUUUUCAUUCCUCAUAAAGUCCGCGAUUAGAUAAUGAUUCUCAAGCCUGAUUGAUAAGAAGAUAAUUUCUUUUCAGAAGUUUUUAUGGCACCUUGGGCUUCUGAAGCCAGAGAAACAAUGAGAAACUUGGAGCAGUGUAGACUGGAAGCCUUCGGAACGCAAUUAUCGGAUGUCAAUGAAAUGUGUCAGCAAAGUUCUGCAGGGUCGGUAGUAUUUUUUUUCAAGGAACUUUCCGAAUUCUAG